GCUUAGGUCAUCCGAUGCCCAUCGAUGCUGCCUUUUCAAUCUCGUAGCUUUAUACAGAUCCUGGUGCUCACAAAGAAGGCAAAGAGGGAGUCAGCAGCUGCUGCUUCGUGGGUUCUAAUCGGAGUUCAUUCAUGCGAACAGGUGGUACAGCUCUUCCGAACGUUAUCUGGGCACCCUCAUCUCGCGAAAUAUGUCCGAAAGCUUGAUGAUUGGGUCUCGCUAGCCAUACUGCGCUGUCAAACAACGUGUCACUUGCCCUCAACUGGGAGAGCUCGAGAUCAACGGCCAGCACUACUACCAUCUAUACCAGCCUUUCAUGUUGGAAGCUCGCCAGCCUAUACCGGAUAUCGCUCGUGCUCUCCGGCUCCAUACUUGAUCAAACCAAAACAGCUAUACAUUGCCGGGUGUCCCAAGGUCACGUACAAGGAUAUAGAACGUCCUUGCAUCGAACAGUCAUGGUUUGCGUGCCCUUAGAAUGGAAGCCUCUCACCUGCGUUCGCGCGUGCACCCACUGUGCAAGCGACAACCCACUCAUGACAGCCGGCAGGACGAGUCCCACUUCAGCAAGCGAUGCGCCAGCUCAGGCGCUCUCUCUCGCCUGCGCUCCAUCACGCUCUCCGUGCAGGAGCAACAGCCCGGGAAUUGGGAGGGCGAUGUCACCCUCUUUCUGCUCGCGCCUGCAUCGCCCGAGCACUUUCACAUCUCCACGGUCGGCGGACUCGUCGCUCCAGCUCUCGACGAGCUUUUGCACGGCAAUCAUGGACGGGCGCGGGCCGCGCCUCCGCCGCUUCUUCAUGCAUCGCACGCGCAUGAGCCUCCUGUCUCGUCCACCGCCGACAUCUGCCAGCUCUGUCACGUCGUCGAGCAGACGACAUUGAUAGGUACCGACCUGUGCACACUCACACACGGGUCAUGCUAGCGGUGUUCUCACCAGUUGGUGGGCUAUAGGGCUCGCUGGACCCUGUGCUGGCUAUGGCACGUUGCGUGCGUGCGGUGCACGUCAAUCGUCUGCUGGAUCUCGGCUUCGAGGACGUAUCCGAGCUUGCGGGACAAGGCACUGUCCAUGGUCAGGCAGUGUGUGUUGACUUUGGGGACAACACAGCCGUGUUCCAGGAAUCCAGGUACGUCAGCCUAUUCGUGGUCAGAGAGACUCACGGUAUCGGGUGCGCGUGACGGGGUUGGUAAACGCACGCCAGGUCAAGCGAGCCGUCCGUCGUCGCGAAGACCGAUCGAUGGAGAUGGUGUGCCUUGCGCCGUACGAGGGCCCAGAAGUGCGCCAGCAGUUCCUUAUUGUGAAAAUAUAGGCGGAGGUUUGAUGUAAAGUGGCAGUUUGUGAGAUCGGUCCCUGGCAUGAUCCCAGCCGUCAG